GUUUUACACUUUUUUUUUUUGAUCUUUUUACAUUUAUAAACUUACCAAUACUUUAUAACACCAUGGAAAAACAAAUCUUAGAGCUCUUGGAAUUUUUACAUGAACCUUCAUUAGAGGUCCGUGCGAUUGCUUUACAUCACCUCAUUGCUUAUACUCCAAAGACGUCCGAAUACCAACCUAUAUUGAUCAGUAAGCGGGCAACCUUAUGCAAGGAUUUGAAGAAGUUGGUUCGUGAAGAUCCUAUCACAGCACAUGAUGCUUUAAAGGGAUUGAUCAAUUUAUCUGCGGAUCCUCUUGUACAAAAGGAAUUAGAUGAUGAUGAAUUUCUUAAGUAUCUUUGUCUCCUAAUCACUAUUCCAAAAUCAGUAUUGGCUGAUCUUGCUUGCAUGUUACUCUCCAAUAUGACCAAAACUGAAAGCAUAUGUGUCAAGUUAUUGGAUGCCAAAACUAAUCCAUUGCCUGAUUUAAGCAAUUCUCCUCGUUUGGUGGAUCAUUUGGUUGAAGCCUUCCAUAAAGGUCAUAAGAAGGCCUACAAUCCUGAAGCAGAAUACAACUUUUUGGCUAGUGUAUUCUCUAAUCUCUCUGGUCUUCGACAUGGUCGUGUUUACUUUUUGACUCCUGAAAACAAAGAUGGUUUGGCUCCUUUGACAAAAUUACAAAUUUUUACUGAAGACGAAAACGUGAUUCGACGUGGUGGUGUGAUUACAGUGAUCAAGAACUGUUGCUUUGAAACUCGAGAACAUGAAAAUAUCUUGGAUGCUGACAAAUGGAACACUUUGCCUUUUAUCCUUUUACCUCUCUGUGGAAAUGAAGAAUACGAUCUGGAAGAAUUUGAACAGUUCCCUGAUGAAAUCCAACUGCUUGAUGAUGAUAAGGUAAUUAAAAUAAUUAAGAAACUAACAACAUAAAGACUUAAUUAUUAUUAUGAUCAUAGAAACGAGAAAGUGAUCCUGUGUUACGUAUGAUGCUUGUGGAAUCACUACUCUUGUUGACACACACUCGAUAUGGUCGUGAAUAUUUACGUAAGAAACAAGUGUACCGUGUUAUCCAACGAUUGCAUAUUCAAGAAACUAAAGAUGAUAUCAAGGAUAAAUGUGUGGAUUUGGUUGAAAUGUUGGUCCGUGAUGAAGAUGCCGCCGAAAUUACCGAAUUAGAUGACAAGAAAGAACAGCAAGAAGAAGAACAAGAAGACGAAGAUAUGAUCAUUGAAGAAAUAGUUUAGAUAUGUUUAUAUUAUAGUUUGUAUUUUACUCUUGAUGUAUUUUAUUAGUUCUUUUGUUAUUAUUUUUUUUUGUUUUGUUUUUUGUUUUUUCUUUGCUUGUUUGAAAAUAAAAAAUAUAAUAUAUCAUGA